CAUAACAAAAACAAACUUGAUUGAGAUUAAACAAAUAACAUAACAUAACGUCGUGUUUUGGUUUAUUGAGUUGAGGCAACAAAGCCUAGAUCAGCUCUGAAUAUCAACUAUGGCUUCCUUCACCAAAUCACACCUUCUUCUUCUCUUCAUUCAAUUUACCUUCUCACUUUUUUCCUCAUCAUUCGCUCAAUCCCCUGCUUCAGGGUCUUCUGAAGGAUACACUAUUUACGGUCGAGUGAAGAUCCCUAGUUUUGGAACAAAAGAGUUCAGCCUUCCUGCAAAAGUUUCAAACGUCAAAGUCAUACUUAAUGGUGGUCAAAGAGUUUCUUUUUUGAGGCCCGAUGGAUAUUUCUCAUUCCACAAUGUGCCUGCAGGGACUCAUUUAAUUGAAGUGGCUGCAACAGGCUUUUUCUUUUCUCCUGUACGAGUUGACGUUAGUGCCAGAAAUCCUGGGAAAAUUCAGGCAGCACUGACAGAAAAUAGGAGGGGGCUCAGUGAGUUUGUCUUAGAGCCAUUGAAGGAGGAACAAUAUUAUGAGAUUAGGGAGCCAUUCUCUGUUAUGUCCAUUGUGAAGAGUCCAAUGGGUCUGAUGAUGGGAUUUAUGCUGAUUGUUGUCUUCCUUAUGCCCAAAUUGAUGGAGAACAUGGAUCCAGAAGAAAUGAAACGCGCCCAAGAAGAAAUGAGAAGUCAAGGAGUUCCAUCUCUAGCAAACUUGUUACCUGGCGCCGCAAGAAGCAACUAGUUGUACAAGUAAUGAUGAGAACCAGUGAGCAAUUUGGUUUUUCUGAGCCAGAAGCUAAAGAUAUAAUCUUACAUACCAUGAUUAGAGAAUUUUGUCAUUAUUGACAAAUUGGUGCUGAGAAAAUCUUUGAUUAUUUAAGUUGUUGAAUAGUUGAAUUUGAAAUUGCUGAUAGAGAUGUUAGCAUGUUUAAUAUAUUCAGACAGAAUAGGCUUCCAUGUAACUUCAAUAACUUUUUUCAAUGUUGAUAACCAUGCAUGCACGGCCAAUAUGGAUAGUAAUAUGUUCUGGGUUGCUUGCAGAAA